AUGAAGAAAGUUGAACCACCUGAGGAUCAGCAGCCCAUACACCCUGAGAGCAGCCCAGAACCUGCCUCAGUUGGGCAGAAGAUUGUUUGGGAGGUGCUUUUUCUUCUGCAAGCCAAUUUCAUCGUCUGCAUUUCAGCUCAACAGAAUUCACCAAAAAUCCAUGAAGGCUGGUGGGCUUAUAAAGAGGUGGUCCAGGGAAGCUUUGUUCCAGUUCCUUCCUUUUGGGGCUUGGUGAAUUCAGCCUGGAAUCUUUGCUCUGUUGGAAAACGGCAAUCACCAGUUAAUAUAGAAACCAGCCAUAUGAUCUUUGAUCCCUUCCUUACUCCUCUUCGCAUAAACACAGGGGGCAGAAAGGUCAGUGGGACAAUGUAUAAUACAGGGAGGCAUGUUUCUCUUCGACUGGACAAAGAACAUUUGGUUAACAUCUCUGGAGGACCCAUGACAUACAGUCACCGCUUGGAAGAAAUACGGUUACAUUUUGGCAGCGAAGACAGCCAAGGAUCAGAACACCUACUGAAUGGACAAGCUUUCUCCGGGGAGGUUCAACUAAUCCACUAUAACCAUGAGUUGUAUACAAAUGUUACAGAAGCUGCAAAAAGUCCCAAUGGCUUGGUGGUAGUUUCUAUAUUUAUGAAAGUAUCCGAAUCAUCAAAUCCAUUUUUAAAUCGUAUGCUUAACAGAGAUACCAUUACAAGAAUAACGUAUAAAAAUGAUGCAUAUUUACUGCAGGGACUUAAUAUUGAGGAACUCUACCCUGAAACCUCUAGUUUCAUUACAUAUGAUGGGUCAAUGACAAUUCCACCCUGCUAUGAAACAGCAAGUUGGAUACUAAUGAACAAACCUGUCUACAUAACAAGGAUGCAGAUGCAUUCAUUAAGAUUGCUAAGCCAGAAUCAGCCUUCACAAAUUUUUCUGAGUAUGAGCGACAACUUCAGACCAGUCCAGCCUCUCAACAAUCGAUGCAUCCGAACAAACAUCAACUUUAGUUUACAAGGGAAAGAUUGCCCAAACAAUAGAGCACAGAAGCUACAAUAUAGAGUAAAUGAAUGGCUCCUCAAGUGAUUAAGAGAAAAGGAGGAAGAACUCUUAACCUCAGUGGAAUGCUACUACUGUGAAUUGACGUGAUUCAGAAUGCCCCAGCCUCAUUCAGUUUUUGGUCUUUGUACUUCAUAGAUGGCAGAUGCACAACUGUGCUCCAACAAAAAAGGAGGUCCAGUUGGGAAUUCAGCUAAAUGAAAAUUAUUCAUAUGAUCGGUCGUAACAAACAAACAAACAAACAAACAAAAAGACAAUAUCUCCUGUUAACAUGAUUACAAUUUUGAUACUGUUUUCCUGAAACUACUAUAGCUCACAAACAAAAGACUUUUCAGACUUUGUACAUAUGAAAUUCCUCUGCUGUUCCCCUUCUCUCUUCCUCCCCUUCCCAUUAUCCUCCCCAUUUAAAAAAUGGUGGUUCACUACCGCAUCCAAGUGGAUUUGUGUUCUGUGUGCCAAGUAAUCCUUGGAAAGCUCUCAUUAUAUCACUCUCAUUACUGGUUACUGGCAAAGCAGAACUAGAAGAUUGUAAGGAAACUUAUUUCUGGAUCGUGAUCCUUCUGUUUAUUUAAUAAUGGACAGAUACUGAGAUAAGUAUUGUAAAUAGAUCACUGAAGAAUAUAAAGGAAAUUGAAAUAUUUUCCCAUCAUCACGUAUCUGUAGUAGGAACUGCCAAGACUGAAUUUAAUCCAUUUUUCAGUUUCUUGUUUUACAAAGGUCAUACAUUGUGUUUGGUUACUGUUAACAAUUCAAUAAAUGUGUUUAACAAAUUAAUUUA